AGAGCGAGGACAGAACCGGCGUCCAGAGCCGUGGACGAUCAGGAAGGUGACCAGCCCAUCUCGGUAAACCAUGGCAUAUCAGCUCUAUAGAAACACCACGCUGGGGAACAGCCUUCAGGAGAGUCUGGAUGAGCUCAUACAGUCACAGCAAAUCACACCUCAGCUGGCCCUUCAGGUGCUACUUCAAUUUGAUAAAGCUAUAAAUUCGGCACUGGCACAACGAGUCAGGAACAGAGUCAAUUUCAGGGGGUCUCUGAAUACAUACAGGUUCUGUGACAACGUAUGGACAUUUGUACUGAAUGAUGUUGAAUUUAGGGAGGUCACUGAACUUGUCAAAGUGGAUAAAGUGAAAAUUGUAGCAUGUGAUGGAAAAAACACUGGUUCCAAUACUGCAGAAUGAAUAGAACUGUGGUUUGUCUGCAAUAUUUUCUGUUAAUAAUGCAGCACUUUGUGGAGAGAAGCAUGGAAAGGGACUGUGUUCGUACUUAAUUCUUGUGAUGCAGAUGGGAGUUACUCCAUACUAGAAAGCAUCACAGAAUGACAGCGGAAGAAAUACCUGUAGCAUUUCUUCAGUUCACCUUAUAGGGCAUGAAUACAAUGUUACUUUUUUUUUUUUUUUAAUUACAACAGAUACUGUUGCCUUUUUGUUCAAAAGAAUUUCUGUAAUAAAAUAUUAUUUAAAAACUU